GUUUAUGAUGGAAUUAUCAGGGGCAUUAAUUGUUGCCUUGCUUCUGAUUCAUAUGUCUUGGUGGUUCAGUUGAAAAUAACAUGCACAUCAUGACACCAUUUUUUCAUAUCAUUGAAAAAGUGACACUAGACUUCCAGGCACUUUGAUGUCACGGAGCUAAAAACAUGGUCCUCCUGAAAACAACCUGAAACAGGUACUAAUAAUUUCUAUCAUGGCAGCAAAGAUAUAUCCAUCUUGAUGAAGAAAAAACUUAAGGAGAAAGUGAUUACAGAAACAUUAUCUCUCAACUCUCAUUUUCUCUGGAGAUACGGCUAUGACACGACCUAUCUACUUUUGACAGCGGUUGUGUCAUUGGAAGUUGGAACCUCGAAGGCCCAAGGAUAGAGUGUUGACUCAUCAGUCCGUUCAGGCGUUUACCCGCCUAAGGUGGUGUGCCUGGAUAAAAUAGCCGGUUGAAACAUGUUGAUGGCUUUAGUUACUACUGAUCCUCACAGAAGUGAUGCUUAUACGCUUGUGAAGAGUAAAAUUCCUCUGAUAGUAAAACUGAAAUCAAUAUAAUGGUAGGAGGUGGCCUUUGGUACUCCAGUGUCACCUCUAGGCAUUCUAGUUUUUCUGAUAUUUGGAUAUCCAUGUGUGAUGCAUAUUAAUGGUAUGAAUUUACAGCACUGAUAUCUCAAACUCUUCGCUGAGAUCCAGUUUUGGAAAUUACAGCUGCUUUAUCUGAUUUAGUGGUCAAUUGGAAAGGUUCUGGUAGGGUUUGCUCAAUUUUUGUCUGCUUUGAUGAUUUCCGUUGUAUAUUUGCUAUGGCUGAGUUGUAAACCAUAACCACGGUAUGUGUUUUUGUAAGAUAAGCUUGAAUUUUAAACAGUUACUUUUUAUUUGGGGUGAAGACUAAGUAUCGUUCAUUCUACUCAUUUUUAAGCUUAUGUCCUUUUUCUUUUUAGUUUUAUUGUUUUGUGCUUUCAAUGAGUUGUGGUUCUCAGGAGGUAAACUUUGGAAUUGCAGUAGACCUGUUAAACGUCUAGCAUUUCAUAUUAUAUUGAGUCAAUUGGUAGUGAACAUCGAAAAAUGCUUAUAGUAGAUUCAUGUUUCUAAAUGUUGACAAACUUUGCAGAGUAACGGACAGAGAUAGGAAGAUGCUUUAUCGAGUCCCCAGGAAUCCUGACUGCUCUGAACAGUGUGAAAUUACUUCUGAGAUGAAUCAGGCAGUAAAGAGAUUUUCUCUAGGACUUUUAUAUGAUAGCUCUUGUAAUAAUUAUGUAAAGGGAAACAGAAGUACGCUGCGGAUGUGAACUGGAUUAUUCAUUAUGUAUUGUUCUGGAUUGAGCCUGCACAUUUUUGCUCCAUCUCUGGCUGAACCGUACCUCAUGUUGAGGGCACAAUAUGAAGAACUCUACAGCUAUCACUUUCCAGGAAAGUAAGUUGUGUGGUUUGGUGCACAACUUCAUCUGGUAUUCUUGUUCACGUAAUGAACUAACCUCUUCAACCCCCUGCAUCACCUAACCUUCUUUCGACCAUUGGUUGACUCUUAUUUAUAGUCAUUUCGUCCACAUGACAAGACCCCAAGUUAAGGUUGUAUUACUUCCAAAGAGAUAAGAUCAUGGGAAAGAGUGAUGACGUGAAGCUGUUGGGGGCAUGGCAAAGUCCAGUUACAUUGAGAGCUCGGAUAGCUCUUAACAUCAAAUCUGUGGAUUACGAGUUCAUUGCGGAAUCAUUUGAGCCCAAAAGCCAGCUUCUUCUUCAAUCUAACCCUGUUCAUCAGAAAGUUCCUGUUUUCUUUCAUAAGGACAAACCCAUUUGCGAGUCUUUGGUCAUUGUGCAGUAUGUUGAUGAGGUCUGGUCCUCUGCCUCUCCCAUUCUUCCUUCUGAUCCUUAUGAACGCGCCAUCGCUCGCUUCUGGGCUGCCUUUAUUGAUGACAAGUGGUACCCGGCAAUGAGAUCCAUUAGAGGCGCAAAAGGAGAAGAUGAGAGGAAUAAGCGCAUACAGGAAGUGAGAGAAGGAUUGUUGUUGCUGGAAGAUGCAUUUCAAAAGAGCAGCAAAGGCAAUGAUUUUUUCGGUGGUGACCAAAUUGGGUACCUGGAUAUUGCUUUUGGUAGCUUCUUGGGGUGGCUGAGGGUGGUAGAGGUAUCCAAUCGGGUGAAGUUGCUCGACCAAGAGAACACACCUGGACUCGUGAAAUGGGCUGAAAAGUUUUGUGCACACAUUGCUGUCAAAGAUAUUAUGCCAGAGACAGAGAAGCUUCAUGAGUUUGCUAAGAUGCUUUGGGCCAAGAUGGCUGCUGCUUCUACUCCAAAGUAAAUUAAUGUUCCUUCAACUAAUCAGUGAAAUAUGUUGUGUCGCUGAGAUUCUGAUUUUGGUUAUUAGAAUUUGGAAUAAGAGUACGGCUAGCAUGGUCCUCGUUAUGUUUAGUUCAUGUAGCAUUUAUUUACAUAUAUUUAAUUACUGAUGUAUGUGUUUGGACUUGCGUUAAAAAGGCUUUUAUUUGGUUCAAAAA